CACCACGGCUUUAGAAUAUAUCUAAAGUCUACACCACGAUUUAGGAUUAAUUAUUUUGCAUUUUACAUUAGUCAGGUAUUCUACGUCGUGAUCACAAGAUGAAGUUAAGAAGUUCGUGUAGUCUUGAAACUAUUGUUUUAUUCUGAGGAUCUAGCUAAAGUCGCCGAUUAUCGUGAAUCAGUUUUUUUUAAAUAUUAUUAAUUAUUGGGUGAAAUGAGCGAUUGAUAUAAAACCUUACAUUUGGUCAGGUACGGACGUGUUUCGAUUAUCGUGGUUUCUAUUUGUCGCAUAUACCUAAGUAUGAUCAUUAAAUUCUUUUGUUCAAAUAAGUAGUUGUAGUUUAAACUGUAUGACGAUAGCAACCCAUACCCUAAUAAUCCUUCCCGAAAUCGAAUUAGUCCGUAAUAGGUAGCUUACAAUCGAACCAUCAGCCAUGGCUCUGGCAGAACCUAGAAAACGAAGGAAAAACCCUAUGCAUAGCAUUAAUUUGUCGGCCCAAAAUCACUGGACAAAUGAUGAUUCAAAAUUUGGUCAGCGUAUGCUUGAAAAAUUUGGCUGGUCUAAAGGAUCUGGUCUUGGCAAAAAUAAACAAGGAAUAUCAGAAAACAUAAGAGUUGAACAUAAGGUGCACCCUACAGGACUAGGAUUUAUAGCAAAUAAUGCAGAUGAUUGGUUCAAAGCUGGCGAAGAAUAUUCUCGUUUAUUAUCACAAUUAACAGAAAAGUUUGACCAGUACCAAGAAUUAUCAGAAUCAAAUGGAGAUACAACUUCUAAAAAAUCACUUGUUCAAAAUUCAUUGAAUUCAAAAUCAAGAGUUCAUUACCACAAAUUCACCAAGGGGAAAGACUUAACACAAUACAAAAAAGAUGAAUUGACAUGUAUACUAGGAAAAGGUGUUAAAGAUGAUGGUGAAAUCUUAAAUGGUUUAAAUAUGGAAGAAUAUUUUAAAUCCAAAAAAGAACGUUUAAAACUAAAAACAGAUAAACAUGAUACAUCAACAAGUGUUGAAUAUGAUUUGACUUAUAAUGAUGACAAUAAUAUGCAAGAAGAAAUUACUGUCGGAGAAGAAACAGAAGCCCAAAGUAAAGAACCUGAAAUAAAUACAACGCUACUAAAAAAAAAGAAACGCAGAGCCAAACAGCUGAAAGAUACAGAAAUUGUUAUGCCAAUUUAUGAUGACAUUCAUGUUGAGUUAAAGAAAAAGAAAAAGAAAAUGAAAGAACUCAUUUGUGAAAAAAUUGAUGACGUCGAAUUGUCAAAAAAAAAAACUAAGAAAAACAAAUUACCCAUAAAUGAGGAUUUAGAUAAUAAUAUAUCAGAAGAAAACAUCAACAAAACAUUAGAAGAAAAUGAUGCCAAUCAACAAGAUUCGGAGUUAGUUUUGACACAUAAAUAUCAAAAAUUGGUUGAUCUCUUGAUAGAGAACAGUUCAGCUGGUAGUAAAUAUUGUAAAGAUUCGACAAGUCCUUUGUUCCAGGAGAAAAUAAAAGAGUUUGCAGACAGUGUUACACACCAAUACUUGACCACAGUUGGUUCUACUGAAAUAAAUCCAUCAUCAAAAAAAGAAACAACAACUCUUAAACCAAUAAUUUUGAAUCCGGACGACAAAAAUUUCAUUAAAGACUUUGAAGAACAGAAAUCUCAAGCUCUUGAAAUGAUAUCUAAACGUCAACAAUUGGCGAAAUAUGUAAAUGAAAAAUCUAUGUUUAUUGCCAAUCAUGGAGAUGUGUUAUUUUUUGGUAGUAACAUAAAUGAUAUCAAAGGCUAUGGUGAAUGGUAAAUUAUAUUAUAUAAUAAAUAAUGAUAUUCUUUAAUUAUAAUUCUAUAAAUGAUUUCAGAAGUUAUUACAUAUUAAUAUAUAAUCAAAAAUAAUAUCAAUCUUUGUUUGUUUAUAUCUUGUAAAUAAUAAGUCUAUCUUAUAACAUGUAAUAAUAGACAUUCGUAAAUUAUUGAAUAUUUAUUUAAGAAUGAUACAAUCAACUCCUGUAUUAUGCGGAGCUAACUUGCUACGCAAAAGAUCUAUGUGUUGUAGUGCCGAAUGCCUUCUGAUCAUUGCAAUUAAACACCAUAUACCUUCUAAUUAUGGUCGUAUACUCUCUGUUGUAGUGAAGUAAUAUAAAAAAUAUAUAUAAAUAUAUAUUUGUACUUUA